AUGUCAGUGGUAGAGAGAGCAUGGCCUCCCAAAUCGCCGCAUGCUGCGCUCCUCAGUUCGCCCAGUGGGAGGCGAAAGUACCAGCAAUAUCAAGACCGUAGAGAACGCUCUCGUUCUCCUGUAAAGCGUUCUGCAACUGCUCCAGACAUACAACGCAUCUCUCGAAAGCUGCUCGAUGAAGACGAAGAUACGAAUGAGGUUGACGAAGUGGAAGAUGAUGAAGAGACCUUGCAGCUCAAACUUGCAGCCAUCGAAGCAAAGCUAAAGCUCAAGAAGUUGCAGCAGAACAGGGAGAAGAACAGUCUUGAAGACCUAGCAAAGGAGCCGCCUCAGAUAAAUCGACCUCAAUCAUCUGCCAGUAGUGUUCGGAAAGCGAAGCCCAGCCAUAAUGAUCGUGGAUUUCGAUGCGACAGUGUUGAGGUUCCAGUAUCACCAACAAGGAGACCUGUUGCUCAAGUUGAGCAGCGAUCUCCUGGCAGAGUCUUGCUUGGGAUUGACAAAGGCGUCAAGGCCACAGAUGUUUCAUUACGCAGAGCGAGAAGCAUUCGAGAAAAUGGGACUUUGGGGAGCAAUCGAACGAACGGUAGCACAGCCGCUGGCAGGACUCCAAUGCCUGGAUGUGAAUUUUUCCAAGAGAGCGGGUCACGACAUCAAGCUGAACGACCAAUCAAAACUUUCAGCGAGAGAAUCACAGAAAACCGUGCUAAAGACCAUACCCAAGAGAAGAGACGUGAAGCACUUGCGAGCAAAAGAGGUGCUGGGUUCAAGUUAAAUCGUGCUGAAAUGGAGAGCUAUCAAAAAGCAGCUGAAGAAGCCCGUACUCAUAACCCCCCUCGGUCCCCGUUAAAAGAUCGCCAGUGUGCAACUUAUACCAGAGAAGAUAUUUUAAGAUCGCAACGUGGAAAUGCUCCUAAUUCGGGUAUUCUGAAGCACAGUUCCACGUUGCCCAACCUCCGAGACCAUAACGCAAGCUCAAGCUCGACAAACCAAAACAAUCCUGUAAUGUCCGACACAGCCAACCAGGGAAGUCAAUCAUUAAAGGGUGGACGGCAUGAUGAAGCAGCAGCGGUCCCACGAAAAGGGGACCCUGCGCUGUAUGAUCCAUUCAGUCAGCUACACCUAUCCUCUCGGAUUUUGCCACAUUCAUUUUUAGAAAGAACCUUUCCUCCCGAUACUCACACAUGUCUACGGCUACCACAGCUGCUCAAGCAAGUCACCGCGCCGGCCUAUGAGCUUCCGGGUCUUGAAGCGAAGGAUGUCGUCAUAGUCGGUGUGGUGGCAUCUAAGUCAACACCUUUGGACCAUAAGCCAAGGCAGGGUGCAAAUGCCUCCGCCGAAGGUAAGAGCAGCUCUGACUGGAAGGACAAAUGGGAAGAUGGAAGCCAGAACCACAAGCGAUUUAUCGUUCUCCAAUUGUCUGAUUUGACGUGGUCGGUUGAUCUCUAUCUGUUCGGUACUGCUGUUCCAAGAUAUCAUCGCCUCUCUCCAGGAACUGUGGUGGCUAUUUUAAAUCCUGGAAUAAUGCCGCCCAAGAAGGGGAAGGAGGAUACGGGCGCCUUCAGCUUGACUCUUCAUCAUGGCGAAGACACUCUUCUCGAAGUAGGCACUGCCAGAGAUCUAGGCUUCUGUGUUGCGGUCAAGAAAGAUGGUCAGCAAUGCGGAAGCUGGGUGAAUCUAGUUAAGACUGAGAUUUGCGAGUGGCAUCUCAACGCGCAGGUUACUAAGACACAAGCUGGUCGCAUGGGUGUCAACACUGGCUCAAAUGCCAUUGGGCGUGAUGUGGCAGGCAGUAGAUUGAGGGAUCGCUUAGGCGCUGGCGCCCGAGAUGGACGGUACUCAGAUCGACGAGUGCAAUCCAGCAACCCAGGUUAUAAAUUCGAUCCAGAAUCACAGAGUCGCUAUUUUAUUACUGCUCCUAGCAAAUCUGAGAGGAAGAUGAACUGUGCGAAGCCCGGCGAAUUCUUCCAGAGAAGCGCAGCAAGCCUUUUGGAGCUGGAUGAUGAUGAUCCGUUCAUUGCUGAGGGCAGGCUGUCCAGGGACACAGAAUCACGCCUGAGGAAAAGACUCUUGACCGAAGAGAAAGAACGCGAGAUUGCGCUGAGACUGACUUCGAUGGGUUCAGGAGGAGCAGGAGGGGAAUAUCUCAGACACCGCAUCGCCCCCAACCCGGGUGGCACGUAUAAUUCUGAGAGCACGAAUGAUGAAGCAGGAAGGAAGAGAUCGGCCAUGGCGACCAAGGAUAACAUCAUGGCCUCUGAUAGGAACGCAAACGGGAAGCGAGCUGCCGACUCGGUUAGACUAUCGCCUAUGAAGAAAACACGCUUUCUGACCGAAAAGGGUAUCCGGGAAGCUGGCCGAGAGAGCAUGGGAGGUAAACAGGCGGAGCAAGACGAUGACCUGGACAUUGUAUGA